AUGACCUUUGGCAGUCGUUUUUCAUUAAUUGGGUUGUUGAUAACCCUCUUCAUUGCCUCUGUGCAUGCUUUUGAGGCUUUGGUUGUGUAUGAUGCUGCAGUUCUGAACUUGGAGAAAGACGUUUCUUUAUUGAAUCCUGAAAUUUCCAAGUUCUUGGAAUCGAACUCGCUUUCCGCAGAAUUCAAGACGUACACAGACGAAACCCUUGAGCUUUUCUUUGCAGGCCAAAAGAAGUAUAACCACCUUAUCCUUCUCCCUUCAUCCAAGAAGGCAAUGGCAAAGAAAUCGUUCAACCAGCACUUGUUAUUGGACUUCAUCAGUGAAGAGGGUAACAUAUUGGUUGUUGGUGGCUCCAAGUCUGUCUUGCCAGAAGACAUCAGAUCCGUACUUAACGAAAUUGGUAUCUACCCUUCACCAAAGGGAUAUGAAUUGAUCGACUAUUUUAACCAAGAAUCUGAUAAAGGUGUCAGUGGUGUUCAAUUGAAGAAAGAAAACUUUGUAGCUCCAAAGGUUUUACCAUUUAAGUCAUCUCUCGGCUCCUACACUGGAGGUGCAGCAUUGAUUUCUAAUAACGAGAACAUUCUCCCACUUGUCAGAGCAUCCUCUACGUCAUUCAGUGCUCCAAUUGAAGAACUGGAUAUUACCAUCACCCAAGAUAAGACAUGGACCUUAGGUAAGCAAGGUUUUGCUGCUGUCGGAGUGCAAGCCCUCAACAACGCAAGAUUGGCCUGGGUUGGUUCAGAAUCUUUGGUUGAUGAGGAAUUGCUUAAAUGGAACUUCAAGGCUAAGGGUGUCUUAAAAUUACAAUUCACACAACACCACAAGCACGACGAACCUCAAUUUGCCAAUAACAACACCCUUUACCGUAUAAUGGACCAGGUCAUUUAUACUGUCGGUGUGUCUGAAUUGAAGGAAGGUAAGUGGACCACAUACGAAGUAAAAGAUGAAGAUGAUCAAUUACAAUUAUCCUUCAAAAUGUUGGACCCAUACCAAAGACUUAAUUUAGAGCCUUUGGGCCCAGCUUCUAGCUCAGAAGAAGAUAGUGAACUCGACACCUUUGUUUAUUUCACUAACUUUACCUUGCCAGACCACCAUGGUAUGUUCACUUUUGAAUUGGAUUACAAGAGAUCUGGUUUAAGCUACUUACUUGAUAAGAGAAUCGUUGCUGUUAGACAUUUAGCAAACGAUGAGUACAAAAGAUCAUGGGAAAUUACUAAUGCCUGGGUUUACAUUGCCAGUGCAGCUGCCGUAGUCUUAACGUGGUUCUUGUUUGUCAUAAAUUUCAUUUAUGUUGGAAAUAUUGACUACAGUAAGAAGAAUAUCUAA